AUGUCCGAGAUAAAGCGUGAUGUAGAUUUCAUGCCUAAGUAUAUGUAUGUGAACGACAAAUUAAACGUAGGUCUUGAGGAUCCCAAGUUUGUUUUUUGUCUACCUUGCCUCAAGAACAUGCAUCUAGGAAAUAUCUAUUACGAAAGUGAUGGUCAUUUGACUAUGCAGAGGCUCCUCACAGCCUCUACUAUUCUUGAAGAUCUUACCAUGGACGUUCCUGUUACAAAGAAGCCAAAGAAAACUCUCUUUAGAAAAGAGCCUUGGUGUUUAUCAUCGACUCUAAUGUAUCUUAAGAUUAACAAACAGAUUAUGAAGAUGGUCCUCAAGAAUUACUUUUCUUGA